AUGAGAUUACCAUAUUCCUCCUCUAAACCAAUACCGACUAAUAAUAAUAAUAAUAAUAAUAAUACUAAUAAUGGCAUUUCAAUAAAUAAAAUCCCAAAAUCACAUUACUCUUAUUAUCAAACCCAAGAGAAUAAUAAACCACAACAAUCUCAACAACAUCCAUUACUACAACAUCAACAACAACAACAACAACAACAACAACAACAACAACAACAACAACAACAACAACAACAACAACAACAACAACAACAACCGCAACAACAACCACAAAUUGCUACAAUCACAGCAACCAUUUCAAUUUCUCCAUCAAUUAAUAACAUCAUUGUUAAUAAUAGUCCAAUUAAGACACCAAGUAAAAAACAUCGUAGUAGUAGUAAAAAAUCCCCAUCCUCUUCUAAAAAAUUAAACAAGGUUUUAUCAUGUUGUUUUGUUUGUCAAUCUUCAAUUUCAAAUCCUUUUAUAGUUAAAGAAACACCAAAAGCAAAUCAUUAUUUCUGUUCAAUUCAAUGUUUUGCCCAAGCUUCUCCAUAA